UACCCGUUCACGCUGGGCGUCAGCUUGGCCCUCUGCUGGUGUCUCCUGGUCUGUCUCAGCCGGAUCUACAUGGGAAUGCACUCGGUCCUGGAUGUCAUAGUCGGCGUCCUGUACAGCGCCCUGAUCCUGCUCUUCUUCCUGCCGGCGUUGGACCUGAUCGACGGCUUCAACCUGACCUGCCGCUACGCCCCGCUCAUCAUCGUCUCCUUGCACCUGGGCCUGGGCCUAUUCUCUUUCACCCUGGACACCUGGAGCACCUCGCGGGGCGACACCGCUCAGAUCCUGGGCGUAGGUGCCGGCAUCGCCCUGGCCUCCCACGUCAACCACUACCUUGGUCUGUUGCCCGACCCGACACCGGACCAGCUCCCCUUCGCCGUGCCCGUUUUUAGCGCCGGCCUGGUGGGCAUGGCCAUCCUGCGGCUCUUCCUGGGCGUGCUAGUGCUGAUGACCACGCGGGCGCUGAUGAAGGCCAUCACCAUCCCGCUGGUGUGCAGGGUGUUCAGGGUGCCCAGCACGGAUGUGAGGAAGGCGAGGCAGCACAUGGAGGUGGAGUUGCCCUACCGCUACAUCGUUUACGGCGCCGUGGGCUUCAACGUGCUCUGCCUGGUCCCGCUGCUCUUCAGCUACAUGUAGUACUCCUGUUUGGAUGUCAGUUCUCUUCCUGGUCAACAGCGAAGUGACCCCCCAGAUCCCAUCCAGAACCCCCUUUUCUUAGUCUGGGUUGGGACUAACGGGAAUAAAAGCCUAAACUCUGA